UGUAAGGAAUUGCAGCCCUUGCAAGCACUGCCGGCCGUAAAAUAUAAACUAUACAUACUAGCAGUUAGUGUUUGCGUUUUGCCUUUCACUCUUCCAACUGCUGUGCUGGUUAAAUUCUGCAAACCAAGAUUCAGAGCAUGAGUCAUUUUUUUCAGGCAGCGUGUAAAUAGCUGCUUUGGCACCACUGCUAAAGAGGCUGGGGUCAAAGGACAGUACAGACUGUCCAGUGCUGUAAAAUACAACUUUACUGCUUUGUUUAAUAAAUUACUAUGAUUAAAUAUCUGACAGCUUUGAAGCACAGCAGUAAUACAGCUGAAUGGCAAUUGUUAGAGCUGCUGCAAAGCAUGAUUUCCUCCUCUGUUGUUGAUAAACCCCCGGUAAGACGGGUUGCUAUCUUCGGAGGAACUCAUGGCAAUGAGUUAUCGGGGAUAUUUUUGGUCAAGCACUGGCAAGAGAAUGGAGCUGAGAUUCAAAGGAGAGGAGUGGAAGUGAAACCAUUUCUUACCAACCCAAGAGCUGUGAAGAAGUGCACUAGAUACAUUGACUGUGAUCUGAACCGUGUUUUUGACCCUGAUAAUCUUGGCAGGACAGUGGUGGAAGAUAUUCCAUAUGAAGUGAGAAGGGCUCAGGAAAUCAAUCAUAUAUUUGGCCCCAAAGGUAGUGAUGAUGCGUAUGACCUUAUUUUUGACCUUCACAACACCACUUCUAACAUGGGUGGUACCCUUAUUCUUGAAAGCUCCAGGGAUGACUUUACAAUUCAAAUGUUUCAUUAUAUCAAGAACGCUCUGGCUCCAGAACACUGCCCGGUUCUGCUGAUUGAGCAUCCCAGCUUGAAAUAUGCAACAACUCGAUCGAUAGCAAAACAUCCUGUUGGUGUGGAGGUGGGUCCCCAGCCACAGGGUGUUCUUAGAGCUGAUAUUUUGGACAAAAUGAGGAAGAUUGUCAAACAUGGCCUUGAUUUUGUGCAACUUUUUAACGAAGGAAAAGAAUUUCCACCAUGCACAAUUGAGGUUUUUAAAAUCAUGGAGAAAAUAGAUUAUCCCAGGAAUAAGGAUGAUGAAGUUAUUGCCAUUAUUCACCCUAAAUUGCAGGAUCAAGACUGGCAGCCACUGAACAAUGGUGAUCCUCUCUUUUUGACUCUUGAUGGAGAAGUAAUUGCAUAUAAAGGGGACUGUACAGUCUAUCCAACUUUUAUCAAUGAAGCUGCAUACUAUGAAAAGAAACAAGCUUUUGUAAAGACAGCAAAACUGAAACUCUCUGCAAAGCACAUCAGAUCCUCAGUCUCAGCCCAGAACAUUUCUUAAAAGCUUCUUACAGAUUUUCAGUACACAAGGUGAAUUUCUUCUCUGAAAUCCAGUGUGACAGGGCAGGAAUUCAUGGAAUGAAUAAAUAAGCACAGAAUCUAAUUUUAAAUUGUAAUUUAAUUAACAUUGCUGAGCACUUCUAAGAUGAAAGAUACUGCCAAUAAUGCUGAUUAUGAUUGUUUACUUGUUUUAAUACUUACUAGAGACUCAAAGAAGAAACAGCAGCUUUCUGAAGUUUGUUAGUUCACACUGUAUAAAAUGAUGAAACAAUGUACCACAGAGGGGCUAAGUGGCUAUAAAAUUGAAGCCAGCACCACAUAGAAAGGUGCUCACCCACAAAAGGACACUAUAUUAAAAUUGGCAGCAUUUCUACUUCAUACACCCAACCCCCCCGUAAAUAGCACUCCUGUACAUGAGGUGAUCCUUGAAACUAAUUCCUCAGAUAAACAAACUCCAUGAGACAGAGGAAAGGAGGGAGAGAAACAGAGGGAGGGUCUGGAUAUCAUCUGCAUUUCUGCCUGAGCCCUGCUGUGCUUAAGUGGAAGCCUGAGGGUUUGGGCUGUUUGAUAUAUAUAUACACACACACACUUAUGAAGGUAUAAACUGAGCUCAAAACAGGGUUUCUGAGACAAAUACACUCAAGUGAAAUGUGAAGCUUGUUAGGUUUAAAUUAUUACAAGACUAAUUCAAGCUGUUCCUGAUUUAACAUUAAUCUAAAGACAAAACCAUUGAAUUUCAAAAGUGUCUAGUAGUGGGAAACAUACUGCAGCAAUAAUCAGAUUCAGGGACAAGUUGUGCUCACCUCAUGGAAACUGAACAAAGUCUCCAUUGCAGUGGAGACAGGGGAAGUUCACAGAUUUAUGGCUGUCUAGGUGUGUCCACCUGCUGCUUAUAACAUUUUCUAAGUAAAAUUAUGGUCAGCUGCUGCACCUCAGAUGUUUUCAGUGAAGAAGGCAAGGUUAGGUAACUAAUUACUCAGGUUUUGAUGAACACAAAUGCCCAAACCAUACCUGAAGAUUUCAGAAUGGGAACUAAGAGGAAUUCCACAUCAGGAGGCUUCUGAGAAUUUUGAGACUGACUUGGUCUGUAUUUGCCAAGAGACAGCUUCUCAGAGGAGCUGAAAAAGAGGAGAAAAUGGAGAUAUAAUUAAUUUUCUGAAGUUUUUAACACAUUUGUCAAUAAUUUGGAUGAGAGAAAACAUUACUGUACCUUUAUGUAACAGUCCCAGUUAAUUUCUGAAAGAUUCAUGCUCUAGGUGAACCCUGAAUUCUGUCUUUUGAAAAGUGAGGUCUGUCUUAUUUUCUACUACGCCAAAAACCCUUUUCCCCUUGCUUUGUGUAACUCCUAUAGCAAUAAAAUAAAACCAGAGGACAGAAUGCUUAUUGAAUGACAAGUUUUAUUUCUUUAAUUUAAAUAAACAUUGUAUAAAAAGUACCAAA